AGCAGCUUGAACAUUGGUUGGACAAAACACUCAAAACAUCUGAUCAAGUGAUGUCUACUUUUUGACAAAAAAACACAACAAUCGUUCAUCAUAAAACUACAGACAUCACUCACAAAAACAUCCACAACAAUGUUAUCACCAGAGCAGGUAAGGCCGCUAGCUCCGGCCACGGAACGCUUGAGGAGCGACCACGAUGAAUCCGCUCUGCGCCAACAAAAAACUCGCAGAAGAAGAUGCCUCAAAAUCUGCGGUUGUAUUUCAGCAAUAGUACUUCUCACUAUAAUCAUACUCAUCGUAAUCCUGAUCUUCACCGUUUUCCGGGUCAAGGACCCCGUGAUCAAGAUGAACAACAUCACCGUCACCCAACUCGAGCUAAUCAACAACACCAUUCCUCGACCGGGAGUCAACAUGUCUCUGAUUGCAGACGUAUCCGUCAAGAAUCCCAAUUAUGCUUCCUUCAAGUUUAAGAACACCACCACAACGCUUUAUUAUCAUGGUUUGGUGAUCGGAGAGGCCCGAGGCCCACCGGGACAGAGCAAGGCCCGACGGACAGCCCGGAUGAAUAUUACUGUGGAUAUUAUUCCUGAUCGGCUCUUGUCAGCCCCGAAUUUCACCCAGGAAAUAAGUUCUAGGGUUUUGGAUUUGAAUACUUAUUCGAGGAUACCAGGGAGGGUUAAAAUUUUGGCGAUUAUUAAGCGGCGUAUUAUGGUGAAGAUGAAUUGUACGCUGUCGUUUAAUCUGACUAGCCUGGAUAUUUCGGACCAGAAAUGCAAGCAGGACGUUGAUCUUUAGGAGAUAUACAUAUACAUAUUGGUAUGUUUUUUUUAGUUUUUUAUAAACACUGCCCUUUUUUAUUAGUAUUAUAGGAUGGCAGAGUUUUCUUCUUGUAGAUAUAUAAAUAAUUUCUCAUUUGUUUUAUUUUGUGCGAUUAUAUUUUCCUUAUUGAAAUCGAAUUUUGAGCACAUAUAUGUCUAACUCAA